AAACCCACCAAACGGGCCAGCCGGGGCCAUGGCAUCUUUUUCAACGUCAUCAGCCAAGGCUGGAAGUAGUGUUGGAGGAGGAGGAUGGGCAAAGGCCAAGCACCAGUCUGCGGGAGGAGGGGGCUCAACCUUGGAACGGAUCCAACAAAUCGAGUUGGAAAUCUCUCGGACACAGAAGAACAAGGCCACUGCCAAGCAUCUUGGAGAGCUGAAAGCAAAGCUUUGUAAGCUGAAGCGGGAUAUGCUCGAGCCUUCAGGAGGAGGCGGUGGCAAGGUUGCUGGCUUUGAGGUCCAAAAGAUCGGGGACGCCCGCAUUGGACUGGUAGGGUUUCCAUCAGUUGGAAAGUCCUCCUUGCUGACUGCUUUGACUGGCGUUCAGUCUGAAGCUGCCGCAUAUGAGUUCACGACCUUGACAUGUAUACCUGGUGUGAUCUACUACAAUGAUAUUAGAAUUCAACUCCUAGAUCUUCCUGGGUUGAUUGUUGGUGCCUCUACUGGAAAAGGCCGAGGACGUCAGGUUAUCGCAACUGCGAAAUCAUGUGACAUUAUUCUCAUGGUCUUGGAUCCCACCAAAGAUGAUGCUCAGAAAGAGAUGCUGACAAAGGAGUUGGAGAAUGUGGGCAUCAGGCUGAACAAGAAACCUCCGGAUGUCACAGUGCGUCCCACUAAAGGAGGAGGACUGAAAUUUCAGGCCACCGUUCCCCUCAACCAUUUUGAUGAGGAGGUUUGUGCAACCGUCCUCAAGCAGUACAAGAUGCAUAACGCGGACGUGUUGGUCCGCGAGGACGUCACAGUCGAUGAGUUCAUAGACGUUAUCGACGGCAACAGAAAAUACUGCAAAUGCAUCUAUGUGUAUAACAAGAUUGAUUUGCUCAAACUGGAAGAAAUUGAUGAACUGGCCAGACGACCACAAUCAGUGGUGGUUUCGGUCCAAAACAAGUGGAACUACGACUACCUUUUGCGAAGACUCUGGGAUGAGAUGGAAAUUGUCAGGGUCUACACAAAGAAGAAGGGCCAAUUCCCGGACUUCUCUGAAAUAAAUUAUUCACAGUUGAGAAUGCCGUGCUGCUUCUGCACAAAUCCUUGCUGGAAGACUUCAAGCAUGCCUUUGUUUGGGGCAGCAGCGUCAAGCAAUCUCCACAGGUGUGUGGCAAAGAUCAUAUUUUGCAUGAUCAAGAUGUUGUCCAGAUUGUGAAGCUAACACAGGCUGAAAAAGCGAAAGCGCUUCAUGGUAAGAAGACAGGAACCACCAUCGCUGGGUCGAACAUCAAGGUGGAGAAGAAGAAAGAGGAUAAAGCUCCUUUGAAGAGCUGAGAAGCUGCUCAGAAAAAAGUGCACCAC